AAACAUAAAACAAAUCGUAUAUAUAUUGGUCGGAAUUUGGAUAUUUUAUUCAUUUAAAAUUGACAUAAAUAUCUAAUACACUUGCAGAAACUCCGACCAAAUAUUAUGGCUUUCAAGGAAAUUGCAAUGCUUUCCAGUUUGGUGGUGGUCACUAUCAUAAGUUACAAUGUACUAGAAGGCAAUGCACAAUCAAUAGAACCAUUAAUAGACCAAGAUUACUGUAAAGUAAAAGCCGCAUUGUAUGACUUGGGAGAAAUUGGAAUGAACUUGAUGGACGAUUCGCAAACAUUGAACGACAUGCAAAGAGAAUAUUUUGCUGGAAAAGUCGAUUAUUCUGCUGUGGAAAGAGCAAGGAAUGAACUUAACAAGACCAAAAAUAAGUUGUUCCUAAAACUUAUAAAAUAUAUUUGGGCAACAAAUGAAUUUGAGCCUACAAUCAAUUAUCAAACCACAGAUCCCCAAAAACUUUACAAAACCAUGGACGACUUGGAAAAUUACAAAGAAAGCAUAGAUGAGAUGCAUGCCGAUCUUCUUAACUCAAUGUCCCCUACUCUCCAACCAACAGUCGUUGGAGCAUAAUACUUAUUGUAGUUUUAUGUUUUGUUUUUGACUCUGAUGUAUGUUAUUGUUUUUCUAUUAACCAAACGUAACCGAUUACAAUUUUAAUAAAACAAAUGAAUCAUCGUUAAGUAUCCAAA